ACUGAUAGACGGCACUGACUGGCAUCACUGCUGGGCACUGACUGGCGGCACUGACUGGCACAACCCCUGGGCACUGACUGGUGGCACUGACUGGCAGCACUGGUGGGUGGCACUGGUGGGUGGGCACAGGUGUGUGACACUGCAGAGUGGCACAGGUGGGUGCACUGCUGGGCACAGAUGGGCGGAGCUUGCGGGUGGCACUGCUGGGCACCGAUCAUCAGGGCACUGAUCAUCAGUGCCCUGAUGAUCGGUGCCGAUCUUUGCUCUGACAACUGCCGGUUCUCUGCAGUACUUUCCUCACGAUCUGACAGCGUGAGGAAAGUGCAGCCGAGAACCGGCACUUGC